UCUCGCUAUAAGCGAGACAUAGCAUUUGCGCUGCACCUCUGCGUUCGCCCGCGGCUCCAGAAAAGAUCCCCUCCGCCCCCGACCCCGAGGCAACAAGGGCAGCUCGCAUUUCGCCGCUCACCGAGCCCUCGAGGCGCGCUAUCCAUGGCCACGUACUACCCUUCCGGCGCCUCCGCGCUCCUGCUCCCCGUCCCGCGAACCCGCGCCGCCUUUCCGCAGAGGUUUCCCGGUCCGGCUUCCGGGAGGAGCUCUCCCUGUGCAGCUGUUCGGCCGCAGCGGAGGGGAAGGGGAGCGGUGGGCGUCGUGCGAGCAUGCUUCAAUCCUUUCGGGGACGAACGCAUCCUCCGGGAGGCCUUGAAGGAGCCAGUUGCAUUCAUGGGUGGCGUGUUUGCUGGUCUCUUGAGGCUUGACCUGAAUGAGGAUCCUCUCAAGGAGUGGGUAACUCGAACGGUAGAGGCUUCUGGAAUAGCUGAAGAGAAUAGUGCUGAGGAAUCAGAUGAGGGAGCUCAAAAUGAUGGACCCCAACAAAUUGAGAUUGAGUGAGGAGAAAGCUAUGGAUACUGCCAUUUUGCUAGGUCAAUGAGCAAUGAAGUCUUGCCACCAAUAUUUUCAAACUGGGAGAAACAUAGGCUUGCGUGUCUUGACAUGACAGUGCAGACAAUGGUGUUAUUUUACAAGCCUUGACAAUUCAUGCUUGUUCAGCACUGUACCUUUAUCAAGAUUGUCUUCAGCACUGUACUUUUUUCACUGUUCGAUUCCAGUUUCCUCAGUUGGUUCGGUUACUAAGUUUAUCCAGACACUCAUGAUGUGGUCAAGUUGUCCCAACACUCAUAAUGUUAAUGCACCAAAUAUUGGAGAUUUCUGGAUUUGGGAGCCGACCUUCUCGAUUUCUUGGGCCUUAAAAAGAAGUUCACCAAUUACGAAGACCUGUCCAAAAUGAUUAUCUUUGCUUCCUAUCUUUUAUGAGCAACGAAUGUGUCGUUCCAUAUAAGGUUCUGCCUUUCAUGCUUUCAGUAUUUGGUUCAUCCCCUUUUUUUUAUUGUGUGCAUAUGUGGACUGGAAAGUAGGCGAUCAUAUUUGCCUCCAUAACAUGCUGUUUGGCUUUUUUCGUCAGUGGUCUUGUCACUUGUACAGGAGCACUCCUGUAUCUACAUCAUUAUGCAUUGACUAAGUACUACUCCCUCCGUCCCAUAAUAUAAUAGCGUUUUUUACACUACAUUAGUGUCAAAAACGUUCUUAUAUUAUGGGACGGAGGGAGUACUAAUCAGCUCUGGUACGGUGGUGGUUGUUCUGUGUCUGCUGGGAUAUUUGUGGCCUCUUAACUAAAUGUGCCAUGCCUUGCCAACUGACAGUUCACACGAUGUUUAGGCUGGUUGCUGUUAAUGCACAAAUGACCCACAUGUACUAUCUCCGACAAAUUGUCCAUUUAAUUAGAGCCAGUAGACUUCCCUUUCCACUUGGAGGCCUCUGUUUCAAGCCCAAACUUUUCUUAGUUCGACUUCGACGUAAUCGGACCCCGUUUUUUCAGUGUUUCUGGCUGAUUGUUUGGUUUAGCUGUGCAGGGCCUAGCAGGCUGUUGGGCGGCGCUUUCCAACUAAUAAUCGGAUGAUGGACAAGGAUCUAGCUGCACAGGCCUGAAGCCUGAAGGGCAUCCUUCGCUUGUAAGUUUCCGACUGCAACUUGCUUGCGAGCUGUGUUAUUAUGGUUGUGGAAUGGUUGGCAUUCCAGUGCCAGUAGCUGUUAUCGUCGCUAUUUUGACCAAUGACGUGAACACAAGUGAUAACUCAUUGCAACUGCUAUCUGCCUGACGAUGACUUCAUUUCCUCCCUAGUUUGUUAUGCUUCUUGUUGGAGAAGGAUCGCCUUUGAAUGCUGACCGAAAAACGCUGUGAAUUCACAUCCAGAAAAUUUCCUCCAAAUAGGUAUAUAAAUUUGAACUUCAGUUGGUACUAGUAGCAGUAAUCAAUUCGGUAUUCGGAGAAUCGAAGUGUUGCGAAUAUGAGUAUUAUUAUGCCUUACAUGUAGCAUAGAGCAUAGCACACACAUCAUUUGCAUUGGUCACCGCAAAUUUGGUUUUAAUUACAUCGUUUUCGUUUGCAAAGUUUUCCCUCCCUAAGGAAGAAUUUCCUUUUAGAGUUGGACUCUUCAUCAUGUACCAACUUUUUAUAUAUUUAAAUUGCAAUUAUACCUCUCCCCCCUGUGCUCGUAUGUGUGAACUUGACUUGCUACAGUGAAGAAGGAACUCUUCGACACCAAGCAUGGCUGAAAGCUCUUCGACACCGGGGUCAUGGGAUACAGUUCAAUGUCGUCCUAAUAAAUGACAAUGUUGUGAUCUUUUAAAUCAGUCAAUCAAGCAAGCAAUCAAAUAUUUUAUUUUAUCAUCUUCAUAGUUUAGUUUCCCUCGAGCUUAAGAGGUCCUUGCAAUCAAACUACACAGACACAAUCAGAGCGGCAUCCUGAGACGCCACUGUCAGUACACCUGUCUUUUGGUGCCGUGGAAGGAGAGCUACUGCUCAUGCAAGUGACCUGAUCAUUAUCGUGUCAUUGUCGUGCCCAACUGAAGCACCAUCAGGCAUCCAUCCCCGAAAUUUUGCAAGGAAGGAUGCCAUCUGAAACCCACAAAUCAUGGCAAUGGCACCUCCUUUGCUGUUUCGUCCACGGCUUCUCACACGCACAGUCACGCAUCGCGCCCCGCCCCCUUACGUUCGUCGCCAUGUUGACACGCAUUUGAUGUUCACCGCAGUUAGGUAGCCCAUGCAGAUGGUUUCCGUUUCCAUGUCAUGCCCCAUGCAUCCUUUGCUGAUGAUGACUUGACCGCCUAUAUAAGAGAACAGUGUUACCGUGACCUCACCUGCACCGGUAAGUAACUAGUGGGCAAGUGGUACGUACUGUAAAACAUCACAUCGUCGCACCGUGACGGUGUUCGGCCGAGCUGGUCGAUCGACACGGCAGCCAGCAUGAAGGCGUCCUGCUUCCUGGUCGUGCUUCUACUCGCCAUCGCCACGGAGAGCAGGCUCUCGCUCGCCGCCCGCGAGGGCAGCACCCUGGGCGGCGAGCUCGGCGAGCUCAUCGCCAAGGCGGGCAGCUUCCUCACAUCGGCUGGCCGCGCGGGGGCGGACGGCUGGCACUCCGCCGCGGCCGCGGAGGUGGACGCCUCGGCGAAGAAGGGGCACGGCCAUCCGGCGGGGCCGAGAAAGCGUCUGAAGAAGUCGUCGGUGAACUGCAUCCCCGCCGACAUGUGCCGGAGGAAGAAGGUGCUGUGCGGCAAGCGGUGCUACAAGACGUCGCACGCCGCCGGCGCCGGCCUCGACCACGUCCCCUCCAACCGGUGCGUCGUCAGGUGCAAGAAGUGCGUGCCCACCUGCUAGAUCGAUCGUUGGUUGCUCCUACCCUUCCCUCUUCUGGGUUACGUGUCGUGUCGUGUCGUGGUGCUCGAUCCGUGCAUGCUAGCUACAUUUGCUUUUCCUUCCAUAGGGUUCGUGCAUCAGUUGAAUAAGCAGGCGGGCUUCCCGCCAUCAUGCAUGCAGUAUAGGUAGUGGAUGGGUUCUACUCUAAAAGAAAUGUACCACGGUUGUGUGCUAAGUUUGAACGUGAUCUCAUCUCAUCUUC